AACAAUGCACAGUGUGAGUCAAAACCUGUCCAAGUGAAAGUUAAUUUAGGCUCAGAAUGAACAGGAUAGGUGACAUCUUGUUAAAGCUACUGGUACUAUUUUGUAUUACUUGUCAAAUAUCCUAAUAAUAACAAUUAGCUUGUCCACUUAUGAGGUGCCAUAUAAAGGCAUGGCGUUAAAGCUGAGGAGCUGCGUCCUGACGAUUUGUCAGAUAAAAUGUUUCAGGUGUUGAGUUUGUGAAGAGGACUAACCUAAAUGGAGCCGACAGUAUUGUCUGGCCCUUUGGGGCACACUCAGUGGGAGUCCGAGCAGCCAUUUCCUCUGGGAUUUCAAACCACAAACAAUGGAGGUGUGCUCUGCCCAAACCAGAGUGGCCAGACAGGUUUGGAUGAUGAGGAUGAAACUUUCGCAAAAAGUGAGGAGGAAGAUCUUUUCGCUCACAAGCCGUUUGAGCUUGACAGCUUUAUAAAAAUCUCUUCUUUUUCUUGUGGGGAUUUGCAUUUUGAUGGACAGUCUGUAGUUUCCCAUCCUUCUGUUCAUAGUGCUCAUUUACAGGAAUUGUCCUGUGAGAAGAGUCAAGGACUUGAUGGAAUUAGUGACUGCACGUUGUCGUGGCUGUUUUCUUCCAAUUUUCCUGAGGUGUCUGAAAAAACAACUGCCAGUAAGGAGGUGACUUUUACACAAAAGUCCUCUCCCGAGGGCUCAAAUGUCCUUGGUGGUCAGGCUGACCUGCUGAACCUCAGUGUGCCAUCUUCUCCAGUUUCCAUUAGGAAUCCAGAGACUAAUGCAGGGGAUCAAUUUUUGCUUGUAGACCUCUCAGAUGAACUUUCUUGUCUCACGCGGGAAUCUGCAAGUGAGCUACAGGGUGUUGCUGAGGAGCAGGCUGGUCUCCCUCCCUUACAGACUUUGUUACCUGAAACUGGAGACAAAGGUUUAUUCCCUGAUCAAGUGACUGAUCUGCCUAUAACGUGUUGCACUACGGUGCAAGGUUUACCAGAAAGCUGCCAGCCGCCUAGCCACAUCAGCACACCACAGGAGCAUUUAGAAGGAUUUGUGCCUUUGUUGGAUUUGGAUGUUCCAGAUUUUGACAGUAACUUCUGUCCUGCCAGUCCUGCGUCUGAUGUCUGCUCAGGUACCCAGUUGGAGGUGGCGAAUGCAGGAGCUGCUUUAACUGGACAUCUUCUGGAGGAGAAAAGUGAGAAUGAGUCACUUGCUCUGAGUUUGCCAGACAAGCCCUCUCCACUAACACUGCCUCUGACUCAAGAUGCCUGCUGUCACGAUGAUCUCACCAGUGAGAGGAACUCCGUGGAAAACAUCUCGGAGGAUUUGAUGGACAACAGCUUGUGUGUCGAAGCAAGAAAUCAGGAGAACGGGGACAUGGCCUUGGAUCUGUGCUUGACUGUUGAGGAAGUUCACGAUAAUGAUGAGUCUUGGAACUUGAAACUACAUGAGGAUUUAAAAACAGGAAGUCCGAGAGCCGAGCAGAGGGAAGUGGCGAGGUUGACGGACACUAACCAGCUUGAGGAUUCAGAUCAUCAUGAAGUGGCUCCUUUCGAUUUUUCAGUUCAGGACAUUGACGUUUCUUCUCCAGAAACUGGAUGGACUAUUGAGCAGGCUGUGGAGACGAUUUCCCCCUCCAAGAUGGUGGGAGAUGACUCGCUGCCAAUGGUCUCGGAUGUAAAUACAAGAGACGAGGAUGUGUCUCCUCUGAAAGCUGUAUUUGAUGCUUUGGACCAAGAUGGAGAUGGCUUCGUUCGUGUUGAAGAGUUUAUGGAGUUUGCGACUGCCUAUGGGGCCGAUCAGGUGAAGGACUUGACCAAGUUUUUGGAUCCCAGUGGCCUAGGAGUAAUCAGUUUUGGAGACUUCCACCAUGGGAUUUCUGCAAUUAGCAAUGGAGGCCCCGAGCCACAGCUCUACAACGUAAACUACAGUCCAGGGGAUGGAGCUGUGGGCUGUCCUGAGGAAUACGAUGAGCAAAAUGAGGUAACGGACAGUGCCUACCUGGGCUCUGAGAGCACAUACAGUGAGUGUGAAACCUUCACUGAUGAGGACACCGGAGCUCUUGUACCUCCUGAAAUGCACGAGGACGUGGAGACGGACAGUGGCAUAGAAGCUACGCUGCACGAUCCUGAAGAUGGUGGAAAUAGGUUUUCCCUAAACUCUGAGCUCCACAACCACUCCCUGGUGACUGUGAUCGGUGGAGAGGAGGAGCACUUUGAGGAUUUUGGGGAAAGUAACACAUCUGAGCUGCUGCUGGAGACCAGCGUGGACGGCUCUGUGGUCGAAGGCGACUCCCUCAUCGCACAGACCCCUGAGCAGGUCAAUGGCUCGUUGCUUCUGUCUCCCAGCACUCCUGCUUCUCUCCCUGACCGCUUUCAGAGCUUCCUCAGGGAGGAGGCGCUGGACUUUUUCUGUAGCCAGUGUCACAAACAAAUAAGUCGUCUUGAAGACCUCUCUGCUCGCCUCAAUUUCCUAGAGAUGACUAGUGCUGGCAAAAGGCUGUCCAGCAAAAAGGUGGCAAGACACCUCCUCCAAAAUAAUUCGAUGACUUUGGACACGAUGAGCGACUUGACGCGGGACAUCCUGGAGCUCGCUGACAACGACAUCACAGACAAGGUGCUCCUCCUCGAGCGUCGAGUGGCGGAACUGGAGAAGGAAUCUGAGGCGUCGGGAGAGCAGCACGCACGGCUGCGCCAGGAGAACCUUCAGCUGGUGCACCGGGCCAACGCCCUCGAAGAGCAGCUGAAGGAGCAGGAGCUCCAAACUGACGAGGAGCUCCAACAAGCGACACGGCGUCACAAAGAGGCUCUGAGCAAGCUGGAGCGAGACAAGGAGCUGGAGCUGGAGAACUUGCAGGCCAGGUUGCAACAGCUGGAUGAUGAGAACAGUGAGCUAAGAUCCUGCGUCCCCUGCCUUCGAGCAAACAUAGAAAGACUAGAAGAGGAGAAAAGAAAGCUUCAGGACGAGGUGGAAAGUGUUUCAGAUAGGCUGCAGGAGGAGACGGAAUCACGCAGGAAGAUGGCCGACAAGCUGAGUCAUGAGCGUCACCAAAACCAGAAGGAGAAGGAGAACACUCAGGAGGUUAUUGAAGACCUGCGUAAACAGCUCGAGCACCUCCAGCUGUACAAGCUGGAGGCGGAGGCGAAGAGAGGCCGUACUCCCGGAGCGGGUCUGCAGGAGUACCAGACCCGAACCCGUGAAGCGGAGCUGGAGCAGGAGAUCAAAAGACUCAAACAGGACAACCGUUCGCUGAAGGAGCAGAAUGACGAGUUAAACGGACAGAUAAUCAACCUGAGCAUCCAGGGAGCCAAGAAUUUGAUGUCGGCCUCUUUCUCCGACUCCCUGGCUGCUGAGAUCAGCUCCGUGUCUCGUGUUGAGUUGAUGGAGGCUGUUCACAAACAAGAGGAAAUCAACUACAGACUCCAGGACUACAUUGACAAAAUCAUUGUGGCCAUCAUGGAGUCCAACCCUUCAAUCCUGGAGGUCAAAUAGACAUCAUGCAACCAGAGGGGCCACCUGCUCCGACGCCGCAGGCUGUACUAUGAAUAUAAAUACACACACACUGAAGACCUGGCAAGAGGAAAACAACAACGAAGGAUGUAAAAAUCAAAACACCCAAACAACUUUCACAAUAUUCUCUGCGAAAAGAUUAAUUAUAGAUUUGUAAG